GCAAGCGAGAGCUAAAAUUGGUUUCGCGAUGAGGAAAAGUGAAGGAGCACAGCGUUGCGAUCUGUUGCCUUGUCUUCACAGGGCUCAUUCCUUCCUUGUCGCUGAAUACAACUGAGGGCUACGAACUCUUUUUGCGUCAUGAAAUUCGAUAAUAAUAUUUUUUUCCUCAAAAGGAGACAUGGUCGACUGAACAAUAAUCCAACAUCCAGCUAAAAAAAAAACUUUGUAUUUUAUCACAGUUAACCCAGUUUUCCCUAAUAGUAAUGGAUUCGCUCAUCACUUCCACUGACUUCCAAAGUAACUGGACAUUGAACUCCACCGCACAGAAUGAAACCGAGAUAUACUGGAACCAGUUUGUGCAACCGGUUUGGAGAAUAGUGCUCUGGGCAGUGGCUUACAGCACGAUUGUCAUUGUCUCCGUGGUGGGCAAUAUCACGGUGAUAUGGAUCAUUUUGGCGCACAAACGCAUGAGAACCGUGACGAACUAUUUCCUCGUCAACCUGGCAUUCGCUGAGGCGUCGAUGUCCGCGUUCAACACCGUUAUAAACUUUGUCUACUCCGUGCACAAUGAAUGGUAUUUCGGACUCUAUUACUGCCGGUUCCACAACUUCUUCCCUAUCGCCGCCGUCUUCGCUUCCAUAUAUUCGAUGACCGCGAUUGCACUCGACAGAUAUAUGGCCAUCAUUCAUCCCCUGCAGCAGAGGAUGUCUGCAACUCAGACGAAGGUGGUCAUCGGGGUCAUCUGGGUGUUGGCUCUUCUGCUGGCCUUCCCCCAAUACUACUACUCAGACACGGACCAGCUGCCCGGCAGGGUGGUCUGCUACAUCGACUGGCCCGAGUACACCGUCCUCGACUUCAAAACGAUGUAUUUUGUGUGUGUGGCGGUGCUGAUUUACUUCCUCCCUCUCCUGGUGAUGGGCUGUGCUUACCUGGUGGUGGGUUUGACUCUGUGGGCCAGUGAGAUUCCAGGAGAUUCAUCCGACCGUUAUCAAGAGCAGCUGACCGCCAAACGCAAGGUGGUGAAGAUGAUGAUUGUGGUGGUAUGUACGUUCGCUGUUUGCUGGCUUCCCUAUCACGUCUAUUUCCUGAUUUACCAGUUCUACCCGCACCUCUUUGAGCAUCCCUUCAUUCAGCAGGUCUAUCUGACUAUCAUGUGGCUGGCAAUGAGCUCCACUAUGUACAAUCCCAUUAUCUACUGCUGCCUCAAUGACAGGUUCCGUGCCGGAUUUAAGCAAGCAUUCCGCUGCUGUCCGUGCGUCCCUGAGGGAUCCUACGAGGGCCUAGAGCUCAAGUCCACCCGGUACCUUCAGACCCAGACCAGUUUGUACAGAGCCAGUCGAAUGGAGACCACCGUGUCCUGCGUGAUGCAGCCGUGUGAAGAUGGCCAGAAGGUCACGUUUGGGAGCAUCACAGGGGCCUCUGGGAGGCCAGCUGUUCACAGCCCCUCCAGGGAGCUCACCUCCAACGGCUCAUCCUCUCGCAGCAUCUCCAAGACCGUGUCGGAGACCUCCAGCUUUUACUCCAGUAAUAACCUACAAGAAUGAGAGCACAAAAGCACAAGAGUCAAGGAGACCGAAUGCCACUAUUUUUGUGGAAAUUAUUUGUCGAAUCCUCUUCAGUUCUCCCCCCAGUGUAAAUUUCAAAUGGCCCUUCAUCUUUCAUUCUUGUCACAAUCUAUUCAUGAGGUUCAUAAUUAUGAUUAGAGGAACGUUUUCAUUGAUUUUUUGGGAAAUGAUUUCUUACCAAAGUGAUGUAAAUGACAUAUUGCUUUGUUCUGGCUUCAGUGAAAGCCUGAUUGAUUGAUCCUGCAAUCACUGAGGACAUUUUAAAAGUUUACAUUAAAGGACAUGUGAUGCAGUGGAACACUGUAUAUAUUGAAUAUGAUCACUUAUAUUGGUCUGGUGUCUUGUGAACAACAACCCGACUAUAAAAGGAAUAGGAAUUUCAAUGAAAGUACCCCUCUUAAUCCCCCGAGUCUCAAAAGAUACCUGAGCAUAUGAAGUUUGUUCAGUGCUUUAUCUGCAGGUGGGAGAUUACUGCAGACCUCAAAGAAUAUUUUUCUGUAAGCACCUUGAAAAUCUCUAAACUGGCUGAGACUGAACAAAAACAGAGGGCAGGGAUUACACUAUUGAAAGUGCCUCUGUGGCUUCACAGUCAGUUAGAGCAAUGAUCCAGUCUGUGAAAGGAAAAUGAACAAUGUCAGUUGCCAAUAUCGACACAUUGUAGCUACACAGGCAAAUACAAAAGAACAAUAUUAAAUUACUUUUCAAGGUGUGCCUGGAAACACAAAUGCGUGGUGGUGAAAGCUCUGAAUGCCUGACCGGAAUUUUUGUGCUCUGAAAAAUAGAUCUGGAGGAAAAAAUGUGAUUCACAGAGAAUUCUUGUACACUCUUAAAAAUAAAGGUGCGAUGCCAUUGAAGAACAGUUCAGUCAAAGGUACUUUAAAGAACCAUCUCUUUCUUACCUUUUUAUAAUCUGAAGAAACUUCGCCACAAAGAAACUUUUGUGAAACAGAAAGGUCCUUCAGAUGUUAAAGGUUCUUUAUGGAACUAUUUUUAGACAAAAGGGUUCUUUUAUAGAAUCAUGAAGCACCUUUAUUUAUAAGAGUGUACUAGUUAUUUUUCGUUUUUUCUCUCCCUUACUUAUUUUUUCCCCAAAAUUGACCCUUUGCUAUGCUACGCCCCUUUGUUACUGUUGCCAAUCUGUUUACUGUGGCUUACAGUACAUCCCCUUUGAAUGAACUUGAGAUGAACGGCAUGAUUAUUAGUGAAAAGUGCCCAAAAAGUGGUAAGAAUCGAUUAGAUCUUAUUUUAUAUAGGCGGAAAUAAAAUCUUCUUAUCUGGGAUUUUGUUUUAAAUUAUGCACUCAGUAAUGUGAUGAAAAGCUGCAGACUGCAAGAGCUGAAAAGCAAUAGAAUAAAUGAAAACACCGAAAUAGAACUGUUAAUAUUAACAUAAACUAUACUUUGAACAGUGAAACGGUGACAUGAAUUGACAAUGACAUUGAUUCUCAAGAAAAAAAAGAGAGAUGGAGUAUAAUAAUUACCAAUACAACUUAAUAACGAUUGUAAAAUUAUUUCAUAUAAAAUCUAUCAUACUAUCCACCCUGUCUGCCCUAAGUAGUAUUGAAAAUUACUACUAUUUUUUAAUUACUACUACUACUACUACUAAAGCCAAAAAUUACAUUUCUAUGAGUAAACUCAAAAUUAGGAUUCACAUAACUUUUGACCAAACCCUUAUGCUUUCGAAUCGAUCUCGCUGUACUUUGCUGUCAUGCACUGAUCAUUCUGCGCUUAUAUGUAAGAAUAUCCCAGACCAUGAGGUUGGGGAAUGUGGAGUGUGGGAUAGCUGACCGAUGCCUACAGGUACCAGUUGAGAUUUGAGGGGCGAAUUUCGAGCUGUGGCUCCGUAUGAUGCAUUCUCAAAUUUUUGCACCUCUGGAGGGACACAACAGUUGCUGACUGCUGAGGUAUGAUUAGUCAUGAGGCGGAGCUUAGCUAAGUGCCAAUCUCUAGUUCUUCUGUUGUACAAGCAUUCACGUGCCCACAUUCCUCUCACACUGGACAAGGCCAGAGUAAAAUUAGCCCUUCAGGCACCUCCCUCGAUACAGUCACUGCAAUAUGAUACUGAGGUACACAGGAUUAUAGGACAAAAGGGGAGGUUGAAGUGACCACCUGCUGCUGUUUAUGACUGAGAUUGUGAUAGUGGUGUCCAUUUUCCAAAAUGGAGGUCCGUGCUGUUCUUAAGUAUGACUUAUAACAGAUCGGCUCGUCACAUGAUUGUGGGUCUGAGCUUUUAUUGCUCACACAGCGGCAGCAGACAUUUUAUGCGGCAAUAUGUUCCGAAUAUUUCAGACGGUAAAUGACUCUGAUCUGAAUGUGCCUGACUGGUUGGCAGGUGCUGACAGCUCAUUCCAGGAAUAAAUGAGCCACACUCUGUUCCUGAUCUUUUUCAGAAAUACAGAACAGCAUGUGAUGCUUAUGCUGAAUUGCAUUAGAUAUAUACACACUAAACAUUUGGAAUAAUUUAGCUUUUUUAAUGUUUUUGAAAGAAGUAAUUUAUGCUCACCAAAUCAGCAUUUACAUUGAAGUCUAGAGUACUGGCUGCUAAAAUGAUUCUUUGCCAUCACAGAAGUAAAAACUGUAAUAAUAUUUCACAAUAUUAAGGUACAAACUGUAUCAAACACUUACCGCCUUGGACGCAUAAGAGACUUAAAAACAUUAAAAUAUCAGUAUCUUUUCAGAAUUAUGACCAGUAGUAUAUCCUACAGUAUACAUCUGCACCCAAAAGGGAAAAUUUGGUUCUUAUUUAUGGUCAUGUAAUUAAAAAUGAAAUGUUUUAUGAUAUGUAGAAUGCAAAUUUUGAAGAAUGUUUUAGAGGUCUAUACGUAAAAGCCCCAAUGCCAGAAGCCACUUUUUAAGAAUAUUUUAUUUCAUCAUCAGUGGAUAAAAAGCGAGACAUACGGAUUUGGAACCACGUAAGUGUGAGUAAAUGAUGACAGAAGUUUUAUUUUUGACUAGACCAUCCUUUUAAGUUGAACAUAAGGAGCGUCAGUUGAGAAAGGCAUAUAGGUGAUCAUAUACAAAAAAAGCACAUCUGCCAGUUUGGGUUUUGUGGCACCUCUGUGGACCAUAUUUAUCUAUGUGAUUGUGAGCACAGGAGGAUUUGCUCUCAUCAGCUCUAUCUCUCUAUAAUCAGAGUAAUUACCCAAGAGAAGAGAACACAGAGGGGAGGACAACAGCUGUGUAUGAAAGCAUUCACACACAGACUCAUCCACCCUCCAGCAUUCCUCACAUCCCUCCCAAGGCCAUUCUGCAUGGCUGCUUAAUUUCACUCAAAGUUAUUAUUCGUGUUUGUACGUAAACAUAGCGAGUGUGAGUGAGAGUGUGCGUGUUUAAACAUACUUCUACAUGAGUCCAGCUGGUAUAGUUCAUCAGUUAUUCAGAAAGAAAGAUGUGCUUUGAUUUCCAUCCAGCACAGGAGGCCUGGACUGCUGCUUCCACUGACUUGAAAUGUCCUUUAAGACUCUGAUCACAAGAAUUCUUGGCAAUGCUUUCAUUAGCUUUCAAGGGGUCAUGACAUCAUUUUUUAAAGUCAUUUUUCUCUUUCUUGCAUCAAUCAUAGUCGCAAUUUAGAUCUUACGACCUUUUUCCGACAUUUUGAAUUUAUCAAGCCAUUUUGCUGCUGCACCUUUCUGCGUGUGCUUUCUCUGUUUUUUGCAAAAAGAGCACCAGCGCUUACUUGUGUGUUGGGAAUUUGUUGUUUAAUAGAGUUGGCGCUGCUCCAUCUUUCAGAAACACUCUCUUUGCAAAGCCUGCAUUACAAUGUGUCAGGUUCACAAAACAACAUCUGCGCACUUAUAUGUAAGGUCAGGCUGAAAUGAUUGGGACCUUGGUAAAACAGAACUUUAGUUCCUUUAGGAGGUCGUGCAGAGUCUCAGAUGCCACCCCACAUCUUUUAUCAUGUGUUUUAUGCCUUUUAUCAUUGAUUUUUUUAUGCCUUUAUAUUUACUUUCUACAUCAAACUUUUUCAUUAGAUUAAUUUGACCCCUUAACCAGACAUUAUGAUAUUACGAAAUGUUGUACAGAUCAUUAUUUUAUGUCUAUGUACGUAAUGAAACUUUGAUUUAUAUUUUUUCUUAUGUAUAUUCAUAUUUGGAAGUACAUAAAAAAUGAUCAGUUAUGAAUAUAAUUGUUAAUGACUUAUUAAUGAAAAUUUAACCUUAUGUUGCCUGUUAAUGAGCUAACUUGUCUGUUAAUAUUUCUUAUAUGCUUUUGGCAGUGGUUCCCAAAUAUGUGUUUGUAUUCAAUUAUAAAAGAGUUUAUUAUGUUUUAUGACUGAACGUACAUCAACAAAAUGAUAUGGCUACCAGUGGCCAAGUUGUUACUAAAAUAAUCCACUUUUGCUUUUAAUGUUGUGCUGGCUUGCUCUCAUUUAUGUAUGCUUUUGUAUGCAUAUGCUUCUGUAUGCUUUGUCUAAAAUAUCUGUAUUCAGGCCUGUGUGUGCUCUAAAGGGAAAAGUUUGAAGAUCUCCAUUCGGUAUUAGAAGCCGUGAAGCAAAUCAUGCAGGUUCAGCUAGUUAAAACAGAUCACAUUAAUCAAUUGUGACGCACGAAAUGAGCCAUUGAAGUUAAUAAGCAGAGAGAAAGACAAAAGUCUGUGUCUCACAGUAAAGAGUAGAGCUAGCUAUGUCUUGUUGAAAUUCCACUCAGUUUAUCUGGUUAGAUGUUGAGCUGUGCCCCGUCUGAGAAGCAGGGUUGAUCUUUGUUGCUCCUACAAACGCUGUCAAAAAGAGUUACUCUAAGUCAAUCUGUUUUGCCGCCCUCUUUUCUUAAGAAGGUUUUGGAGACUUGGGCCAAAUCUCUGAAGAAUUCAUUGUUAUGUAUUCAGUGCUGUAGUUGACUUUGUGUUCUGCAUUAACACUUAAAAGUAUUCAUUUCAAACUAGAUUUUAAAGUUUAAUUGAAUAUUAUAUUUGUAUUAUUUGUAUUCUAUAUGCUUAUAGAAUUAUUCAUUAUUUAGGGAUGCACAGUAUGUCUUAU